AGGGCGGAGACGGGGCGGGGCUCGCGGAGACACCAAAGGGCGCCUCCGGCUCUCCGCCUCAGAUCCUGGUUCAAGAGUGCCUCCGGGCGUCGGGCAAGAUGGCUGCGCGCGGGUUGGGUCGCAGCUUGGGGAGACUCCUGGGCAGCCUGAGCUGGCGCUCCGGUCAGCCCGCGAGGCCGCUUCGCGGGGUGAGCGCCCCCGCCGCAGCCGCAGCGCAGCCCGGCUCAUACCAGGCGCAGAUCGCACAGGCGGCCCGAGAGCCCGCCGCUUUCUGGGGGCAGCUGGCGCGGGACAUGCUCGUGUGGGACACCCCCUAUCAUACCGUCUGGGAUUGUGACUUCAGCAGCGGCAAGAUCGGCUGGUUCCUGGGAGGCCAAUUAAACGUGUCUGUCAACUGCUUGGAUCAGCAUGUUCGGAAGUCCCCAGAGAGCGUCGCUUUGAUCUGGGAGCGGGACGAGCCUGGAACUGAAGUGAGGAUCACCUACAGGGAACUGCUGGAGACCACGUGCCGCUUGGCCAACACGCUGAAGAGACAUGGAAUCCGUCGAGGGGACCGUGUGGCAAUCUACAUGCCUGUUUCACCACUGGCUGUGGCUGCAAUGCUGGCCUGUGCCAGGGUUGGAGCUGUCCACACGGUUGUCUUUGCUGGCUUCAGUGCAGAGUCCCUGGCUGGGAGGAUCAAUGAUGCUAAGUGCAAGGUGGUCAUCACCUUCAACCAAGGACUCCGGGGAGGACGCGUGGUGGAGCUGAAGAAGAUAGUAGAUGAAGCUGUGAAGCACUGCCCGACCAUCCAACAUGUCCUGGUGGCUCACAGGACGGACAACAAGGUCCACAUGGGGCGUCUGGACAUCCCACUCGAGCAGGAAAUGGCCAAGGAGGACACUGUUUGUGCUCCAGAGAGCAUGAGCAGUGAGGACAUGCUCUUCCUGCUCUACACCUCGGGGAGCACCGGAACACCCAAGGGACUCGUCCACACGCAGGCGGGCUACCUGCUGUAUGCCGCUGUGACGCACAGGCUUGUGUUUGACUACCGGCCAGGCGACGUUUUUGGCUGUGUGGCCGACAUUGGCUGGAUCACAGGACACAGCUAUGUGGUGUAUGGACCCCUGUGCAAUGGAGCGACCACUGUCCUUUUUGAGAGCACCCCAGUUUACCCUGAUGCUGGUCGAUAUUGGGAGACAGUGCAGAGGUUAAAGAUCAAUCAGUUCUAUGGGGCCCCGACGGCUGUCCGGCUAUUGUUGAAAUAUGGCGACUCCUGGGUGAAGAAGUACGACCGCUCCUCCUUGCGGACUCUGGGGUCAGUGGGAGAACCAAUCAACUGUGAGGCCUGGGAGUGGCUCCACAAGGUGGUGGGGGACUGCAGAUGCACGCUGGUGGACACCUGGUGGCAAACAGAAACGGGUGGCAUCUGCAUCGCCCCACGCCCCUCGGAAGAAGGAGCAGAAAUCCUCCCUGGCAUGGCUAUGAGACCCUUUUAUGGCAUUGUCCCAAUUCUCAUGGAUGAGAAGGGAAACGUUGUGGAGGGCGGUGAUGUCUCUGGGGCUCUAUGCCUGUCCCAGGCCUGGCCGGGCAUGGCCAGGACCAUCUAUGGAGACCACCAGAGAUUCAUGGAGGCCUACUUCAAGCCUUACCCAGGCUACUACUUCACUGGAGAUGGGGCUUACCGGACCGAGGGCGGCUACUACCAGAUCACAGGGCGGAUGGAUGACGUCAUCAACAUCAGCGGCCACAGGCUGGGGACUGCUGAGAUCGAGGACUCGAUGGCUAGCCACCCCACUGUGGCAGAGACUGCUGUCAUUGGCUACCCCCAUGACAUCAAAGGAGAAGCUGCAUUUGCCUUUAUUGUGUUGAAGGACAAUGCAGGUGACCCAGAUUUGGUGGUGAAGGAGGUCAGGUCAGCAGUGGCCAACAAGAUUGCCAAGUAUGCGGUGCCUGAUCAGAUUCUGGUUGUGAAGCGUCUUCCAAAAACUCGGUCUGGAAAAGUCAUGCGGAGGCUCCUGAGGAAGAUAAUUACAGGAAGAGCUCAGGAUCUGGGAGAUACCACCACCUUGGAGGACCCCCAUGUCAUCAUGGAAAUCCUGAAGGUCUACCAGAAGUACAAAGACAAACAAACUGCUGCUCAGUGAUGGGCUUUGGCUGAGACCCAGUGCCCAUGCCCCUAACUGUCCUUCCAGAAUGUAGCUCUCAGAUUGGCUCAUUUCCUACUGUCCCAGAAGCAUUCCUCUCCUAGAGUGUAAUCCACACUGCCCAAAUGUGAAGUCUGUGCUAAGCCUGCCUUCUUUCUGCUGAGGACCCAUGAAGAGAUACUAUUAGAUAUGCUUAGCAUUUGUUUCCCUUGUCCUGAAUUUGGUUUCCUGGGAUGAAAAGUCAUUGUCAUCUCCAUUUCUCUGUCACCUCCAGACAGCACAGGAAGGUGAGGUGUGCCUGCUCAGAGAACCAGAAGCAAUCAUAUUUUUUCCCCCAGAUGUACUAGAUACAAAAGGCAGAAAUUUUAUUUUUAUACUUUUAUAUUUUGGAAGAAUGAGCAGAUAUACACAUGUAGUGUGCAGAUUUACUUAUACACAUUCUUCGUAACAUUUAGAGUUAUGAAAAUAUCCUUUUGUGCCUUUGCUCAUGGGGAAAUGUGGAGAGGGUCAGAGGAUGCCUUUUUAAUGUUGGCAUGCUGGGAAUCUGAAUUUGAAAUGUUUGUACCUCUGUCUAAAUAUAGCUAUCUUGAGAACUUUCAAGCUUGUAGCAUCCUUGUUUUGUUGUAUAUUUCUAUUUACCCUGGCUUAUGUAUAAUGAAACCUAACUUCUAAAAGUGAUGGUAUGAACGUGCUCCAAUUUUAGUUCUAGACCCACUCAUAUAUUCUGUUUCUCCAAGCUGUGAUGUGGAAAGAUUCCCCUUUCCACCUCAAAUGCCUCUUGGUAUAAGGUCAGCAUGCUCCAAAUAUGUACGGAUGUUCGGGGAAGCCCAUGAAAACUCAGGUGACUUGUUUGGCCAGGACUGAAUCCUUGAAAACUGCCUAUCCUUCAUUCUGUGGUUGGUGUGGGAAGAACCACAGAGGUCCAAGGAUGAGACUUAGAACUCUGAAUCAGGUCUCUCUCUUUUUCUUAAGAAUGCCUUAAGCCAUCUGAACAUUAGCAAGAUGACAUAAACCUUUAGGUUUGCAAAGUGUUUAUUAGCCAAGCACAAGAGGGCCAGUGGCGUGGAACACAGGUGAAGGCAGCCUGCUGAGCUGGGUCCUUGGGAACAGGGAAAGGUUGUCCUUAUCUUUACCCCACAUUAUAUGUGCCUUGCAGCUGUGUAGGUGUUCAAGGGGUGUCUGGGGUACUGAACACCUACUGUGGGUCAUAGUUGUGCUGGCUUCUCUCUGAUUAGGCAAGUAUGCCUGUGACACCAACAGGGUGGCCAUUGGCUGUGGCCCACAGAAAUAGAGUGAUGGUCUGUUCUCUGUUGCUAAGUAACAAGCGGUGCUUAGCAACAGAGAACCAUGUACUUGGACCUGUCACAUGUGUGGUAGACUUGGCAGACUGUAGUUAUGGUGCUAUUUAUGAAAUGGCUUGGGUAUAAACUUGGACAGUGACCAGGAUAGUUCAUAAAGUUUAUUUUGUUCAUUCUCUUCCUUCUGUUGUGAUGUUUUUGAUCAAAUAAUGCUAUUGUUAUUGCUGAAUAUAAUCCCAAGGACAAAACUGAAAGGGCCUAGUCAUUCAAAAGAGAACACUUAAAAAAAAAUCCAUUGGGGAGGAAAUCCUUUACAGGGAGGAAAUACACACUAAGAGCUUACCUAUCUUCCACUCUUAUUUGGUAAACCUAUCUGUGUCUAGAUUGCUGUGCUAUCCAAUACACUAGUUAUACAUAGCUAUUUAGGCAUAAGUAAAAAAUAUAUACAGAAUAGAGCAGAAUAAAAUAAAAUAUUCAGUUCCUCAGUGGCAGUAGCCACAGUUCACAUGCUCAGUAGCCACGUGGUAAAUAGCUACUGGAUUGGACAGCAUGGACAAGAACAUUUCCAUCUUCACACAAGGUUCUGGUGGUGGGCACUGAUUUGGAGCACAGAUAAGGACAGGGAAGCAAAAAGAAUCUCAUUGUCAAAGACUGCCUCUGUGAAAAGCACAGGCUUGCCUGAGAGAGACGUCCCAUUACUCAGGUUUGUCCUUUCUUUAGAUGUGGGUGGAUGAGGUUUCUAUGAACUGGGGACAUGGGGGGUGGGAGGUGAAAGGCCCUGACCCAACUGUCUCCUAAGAAAGCUGGACCAAAGCAGGAACUGGGAAUGGCUGUUCCUAGGAACAGUGCUUGUUCUUGUGCUCUGGAGGUUGGGGGGCAGGGAGGCUGGGAGUAUUCCCAGGGGCCUCAGCCAGGCACUGAAUGCACGGGGGAAAGACACAUUUUUGCACCCCAGGUUGCAGUGGGAAGUCACGGCAGGAUCCCUCUUUUGCAGGAAUAAUCUAUGGCCACAGACAGGAUGCAGAGAUGAGCUACAGUAGGAUUUUGGCUGCCCUGAGGCAGGGCCUGUCUGAGAACAGAAGGGCACAGGAAAAAUGGAGCCCGGGAGAUAGAUGUGCAGAGGCUGGUCAAGCUGUACCACAUCUGCCCUGACCCCAGAUGUCACUUUUUGCUUUGGAUUUUCUAUCAGAACUGAGAUGUCCUAGCAAAAACCGAGUCAGAACCACUAAGAAGCAGAGAGUAGAGAAGGCAGCUACAGUGAAAGCAGAGAGGAGACAUCUGUAGGUGUGGAAACAGAGACAGGGUUGGACUGGGAUCCAGAGACAGCUAAUCUUGGCAUUACGUGUGUCUCCAGGCCAGCAUGAAAUUGGUAAUAACAAUAAACCCAAAGGGAAAUUCUAUUCAGAUUCAGAAAAAAAGCAGUAUGCGGUACCUUUGAAGAAUAAUUCUCAUUUAGAGUAGCUAAAACAAAAUGAAAAGUUGUGCUUCAAGGGAAAAUUCAGCUUUCCAACAUAAUUAAUUCCCAAAGGGAAAAUGUCCCUAUUAAGUCUAGAAACAGAAAAAUCACAGCUAAUGUUCAUGACAGCAGUUAUCUAAAGAUCAGUCCUGAGCUGAUUCAGGCUCAUGCUCAUUCCAGGUUCACCCACAGCAGUGAGUUCAUAGAAAAGCAAGGGGAAUGUGAAUUCUCACCCAGUCUCCCUGGCCUGACUUGAGAGAGAUCUGGCCAUGGAAUGAACCUGAGCCAUCAAUCCUUGCAGAGCUGACUUGCACCCACUGCGCCAGCCGCCCUCAGGAUACCCAAUGUCAGGAGCACAGCAGCAAUGCUUAUACUGUUGGGCACUGUGUGCAAGGAGGCCCUAAGCAGGUCACCCCAUCUCCUCCUCUCAUUUCACUUCGGGGCAGAGCUGGGGUGUGGAUGGAGCUGGUCUAACUCCACCCUUGACCCCCAAGUUCAAACCAAAGGUGGUGUGGUCCCUUCUUGCGAGAGCUUUGAAGAAUAUCAACGGCAUUUUAGUUUUAUUAUUUUAUUACUUUUUUAAGGCACCUUACUGUUGACCUCUGAGUAGCUCUAUCUUUGAUAGCGGGGAGAAGCCUAAAUCCAGACCGAGAGGAAGCUUUCCAGUAGACAGUGCUUUUGGAGGGGUGGUAAUGCCAAUUUGAGUUUUAGUGAUCUUUAACUGGAGUUAUGUAAGGUUUCCCUUCAUCACUGUUUGGGAAUUUUGCUGCAUAACAGGAUUAAACCAAGUAAAUACACAAUUUCUCCACCUGUGAAUACCAAGUCUUUAGUUUUUGCAGUAUUACUUUUUGGUUGACUUGUUUUAUUUGUCCUGCUUGGGCUCUGUAGGGCUUCUUGGUCCAUCUUAAUGGCUUGUUGUCCAUCUUAAUCAGUUCCAGAAAUAUUUCAAUCAUUAUCUGUUCAUAUGUAGUUUUUGCCUAUUUGGUCUCCGUUUUUGAAGAUCGUUAACUUCCCAUAUGUUGGGACCUCUCACAUUCUAUUUUCUAGUUCUCUUACUGCCUUCAUCUCCAUGGUCCUGAAGCAGAAACUGAGAUGAGGGCCUGCGUGCAGGUGAUUUGCUUAGGAAUGUGAUUCCAGGGACAUGUGUGAGGAAUGAGGUUGUGAAACAGGGAAGGAGGGAAACCAACGCAAGCAGACUCACGUCGGGCCAGCCAGCGCUGUGAACCACUGCUCCAUCUCACAUGACUCAGUAGGACUCUUACUGGUGUGUCUUUGAACCAACUGAGAACCAGCUGUCUGAAACGUGGCAUGGCCUCCCAACUUUCUCCAGAACUUGCAGAUGCUGUUGGGAAAAAGUGGCUCCCAGCAGUGGCCUCACCUCCCUGAGCCUCUGUUUUCCCUGGCCCAGUAAUUCCUUACCACACUCAGGCUCUCUGGUGUUGGUAUGCAAGUGUUGUAAAUGUUUUGCUCAUCAUUAUCCCCAUGGAGAGUGUGAGUCUCAAUUACUCAAUCUGUUUUCACAUGAGGAGGAAGUCUUGCAUAAUGUCCCUAAAAUGUGACAGAUUCUGGUUUCCAACAUACAUUUCAUCCAAACGUUUCACAUAAGUUAGUGAGGCCUUUCCAUAUUACUCUGUACUUCUUUUCUCCCUUCCAGUGUCACAUGACUAUCUCCCCAUCAGUAGACGGUGACCCAUCUUCUUCUUUGUAAUGGGUGCAUGUAGCAAACCACUGAAUUUGAGCAUUUAUUUAACCAUUAUGAAUGGAUAUGUAAGGUGAUUACAAGUUGUCUACAUUAGAAACAAGACUUAAAUGGAAUCCAUGUAUAUCUUUACACCAUGUAAUCAAUCAAAAGAUGUGUUUGGCUAUCGCAAUGGUGUGAAUGUUUGUGUCUCUUCAAAUUCAUAUGUUGAAAUCCUCAUCUCCAAGGUGAUGGUAUCACAGGAGGUGGUGGGGCCUUUGGUAGGUGGUUAUAAGAGGUUAUAAGAGCAGAGCCUUCAUGAAUGGAAUCAGUGCACUUCUAAAAGAGGACACAGAGAGCUCCUUUGCUCCUUCCAUCAUGUGGGGACACAGCGAUGACAAGAUGGUGACCUCUGAACCAGGAGGAAAGUUCUUGCCAGACACCAAAUCUGUUUGCACCUCGAUCUUUCACUUCAGCCUCCAGAGCUGUGAGAAAUAAAUUUCUGUUGUUUAUAA